AUGAAGUGAUCGACCAUGCGAAAGAGUUGGCCAUCGAGCUGAGAGCCCAAGUCGAAGGGUGACUCACAGUUCUUGGCUUUCAUUAACAAUUUUCAAAUGUUCAGUGGUGAUCGAGAUUUCGAAGCGGAACGUCGUCGCAUAAAAGUUUUCAUGAGCCACCGAAUGAGAGAGUCCGCCGAGUAUUUCAUGGUGAGCGGACAGCUCAAACUUUUUUGAAUGAUUUGUUUUUGAAGGAUAAGUUUGGAGAAGCAUGGAAGACUGAAAAGAUUGCAAUCGACAAAAUGAGUGUUCUGCGGAAAUAUUUGAUCGACGAACUGGAGAAGAUUGAUGAGCAGGAGCGAGAAGAACAAGAAGAACAAGAAGAAGAGCAGGAGUCGGACAAGAAUGAAUGA